GAUUCUUCAAGCAAAGUUAAGAUUUCCGUAAAAGAAGAUGGCAAUGGCAGUGUUUGUCGCGGCUCUGCUCUCUGUUUUCAUGGGGUUUACUGAGUCUGUUUCUGAUGAAUUCUAUCCGGUUGACUGCUCUGACAUCUAUAAGUCAGGAGAGAAAGUCAGUGGGAUUUACUCCAUCUAUCCAGCAGGGGACAUUCCUGUCUGGGUUUACUGUCAGAUGAUUUCAGGUGGGAAAGAUGAAGAAAACGGAGGAUGGACGGUGAUUCAGAGGAGAAUGGAUGGCAGUGUGAAUUUCUACCGGCCAUGGAAUCAGUACAAGAGAGGAUUUGGGAAUGUGGAGAGUGAAUACUGGCUGGGGCUGGAGAACAUGUACCAGCUGACACGCAAAAGAAAGUACAUGCUGAGAGUGGAUCUGGAGGACUUCAAAGGAAGGAAGGGUUUUGCUCUGUACACAUUCUUCUCUGUGGGUCCUGAAUCCGAUGGGUAUAAACUACAAGUUACAGGAUUCAAAAAUGGAGGAGCAGGUGACUCUUUGUUCACCCAUAAUGGACAGAAGUUUUCCACCUUUGACAAGGACCAAGAAAGCGAUCCAAGAAACUGUGCCAAAACGUUCCUAGGGGCAUUUUGGUACAAUCGCUGUCACUACACAAACCCCAAUGGUGUGUAUUUGUGGGGUGAAGAUCCCACCAUUUAUGCCAUUGGAAAUGUUUGGUAUACCUGGAAGAAUAAUUUUGCUGUCGGUAUGAAAUACAUCAGCAUGAAGAUCAAACAUGUGCCCUAAAAACAAAGUGUUUUCAGGAGCAAGCAUCUGUUUUU